AUGAAAUCUUGGAUCUCCGGUCUUUCGUUGGCGGCGCUGCUACCGUUCGCAGCGGCCGACUGCGACAAGUUCGAUUUUACGGGCCAAUAUGGCAGCGACGGCUUCACCACAACGUACAACAAAACCCUACGAGUUUCCGGUUUCACGAAUUGCACGGCAGAGAUCGCAGGCCAGGAUACUAGAAAUGGCACGUGCCUACUUAGCAAUCCCGGCAUCGGUAUCGGCCUAGAAGUAUACCCAGAGGUCCGCUUUAUCCAAGUCGACGCCAAAGCGCAAAGGGAGGUCCUAGCGCUCGUGCAGGAAAAGAUGAGCGCCGUCGCAGCCGCCACGACGAACUUCAACUCCACAAUCGUCAUGAACUACACGUCGAUUCUCAGGUCGACAGCGGUUGGAAACACUGGUUACGGCGGGUUCACACCGUACAUUAGAUGUUUCGACGGCGUGCUCUCCGACUGCGACAAAGACGAUAAUCUCGAGGGCAAGGCGAUCCGUGCCUGUGGUCUUACGUGGCUGGACAGGAAUCAGGGCUUCAAGAGCCUAGGCUCGCAGGCGUACGAUGGCGAGGAGAACUUCGUUAGCUAUUCCGAUGGCAACGGGACUGAGAACAUGGGCGCGCUGCCGUUGUAUGACAGUGUUUCCGGCCAUGCCACCAACUACCAAGGCGACGACGAAGACGACCAUGGAAACUCGGCAACGAAGACCGCGGUUGGAAGUGCGGCUUUGGUGGUUGCGCUGCUCAGUGCUGUUUAUGAGAUUAUGUGA